GUGACAUUUAGGCGAUUCAGAAAUUUGUAAAGUUUAGUAGCCCCGAAUAGGUUUAGAAAAAAUUUUCUAUCUUAUCAAUGCUAUUUUUUUUUAAUCAACAAUGAUUUCCAAAGCUCUGAAGAGCUUACAGGAACUUGACAUCUCGCUGGAUAUCCUUGUGGAAACUGGAGUUGGAAAGACAGUAAACAGCUUCCGGAAACACACCGACGUGGGUGAUCUUGCUAAAUCUAUUGUACUUCAAUGGAAGCAAUUAGUUCCUGAGGUGAAGGGACCUGACCACAUGCCAAAUGCAGGACAUGGAAAAAAAGAAAUCAUGGAUAAUAAACAACAAAUAACAAAAUGGAAACCUGAAAAAAAUGAAAAAUUGUUUCUGUCUUCCCAAAUUCCAAAGUUUAAACAAGAAAAUAAAUUUGAUUUGAAAGACAAGAAGCUGUUUUCCAAACCUAAGCAUGGGGCAAAUGAGAUUUUGGAAGAAGUGUCUAUGAAUUCAAAAGACAAGCAGCAGAAUAAUGGAAAGGUUUCUGAAUCUCAAAAUGAUGGCAAAAAGCGAAGAGAGUCCAGUAAGAAGGAAGACACUAAAGUCAAUGACAAAAACAGUCUACCCAAAGAAAAGACACCUGAUGACAAUACACAGUGCAAGGCAAAAAAAAUUGACAAUGCUCAUUCAAAUUCUCAAUCAAAAUGUGAAAAAUUAAAGUCAGGACACCAGGAGAAGGUGAAAAAUUCCUAUCCAAUAAGCACUGAAAAAAAAUCGAAGUCCUCUACUAAAGAUGAAGACAAGUCUUAUGGGUCUAACAGACUUAAUAAAAAGGAUUCUGUACAUGAGACUGGCAAGAAGAAAAGUGAUGGCAAUAAAACUGAAAUUAUGCUUUCAAAUGAGGAGUUUGAAGCCCCCACAAUGUCAUUUGAGUCUUAUCUCAAUUAUGACCAAGUUUCAAACAAAAGGAAAAAGAAAUCCUAUCCAGUAAAUGAACCCCCUAAAAAAGUAGAAAAAGUGUGCAAGCAAUACUGUAAGUUAGGACUAUCCAAAACGUACAGUCAAGAAAUUCAAGAAAAGAAAAAGGAGGAAGUAGAGAACACACAGGUCAAGAAGAAGUGUUUGGAGGACUUACUCAGUGUUCCACUACCUAAAAUUUUGACAGAUUAUGCAAUAUUCCCUUCUCCACCUCAUCCUAGUGAAUGCAAAGAAAGCGUUCCAGAAGUUUCCCCUGACGGGAGUCCUGAAUCAUGUGUAUUUACUGGACGACGUCUUAAUUCAAAAAUGUUGGUUUACUCUGGUACCAAAAUAACAUAUCUUCCCAAAAUGUUAUCUCUGUAUGAGCAAUGUCUCAGGGUUCUCCAGAAUAACAUUGAUUCCAUUCAAGAGGUUGGUGGUGUACCAUUUGAAAUCCUGAAGCCAGUACUGGAUCGCUGUACUCCUGAGCAGUUGAAUCGAAUAGAAGAAUGUAAUCCAGUUUUUACAGAAGACUCUGGGAAUUUGUGGAAGAAGCACUGUGAAAGAGACUUUAAAGGGCACCGGCUCUUAGAGUAUGAAUCUUGGCGUGAAAUGUACUUAAGGCUUUAUAAUGAAAGAGAGGAAAAGUUAAGGAAGAUAACACAAAAUAUCAGUUCUGCACAUUCUGGGAAACCGAAAGGUCGGCAAGUAAAACUCGCUUACAUCCAUGGUGCUGCCAAACCUCCACGAAACAUUCGUCGGCAGCAGGAAAUUUAUGGAACUGCAGGGUCUGUUUUACAACCUCACCCAUUAGACAAAUACAAGUUGCAAAAGAUAGAAACAAAGGAGAGCAGUGGCGCAGCUCAGAAUUCCAAUGUACACCAGAAUACUUAUUCACCCAUGGGUAGUAGCCAGUUUGGCCAAAGUCAAGAUCCAAAAAAAACUAUCAAGAAAAUUGCACCAAUGAUGGCAAAAUCCAUGAGAGCUUUCAAGAACCGGGUAGGACCAAGAUAAAUGUCCAUGCCUUAAAUUAUGGAGUUUGAGAACAUUAAGUUUAAAAGAGAGCAUUUUUUUUUUUGUUUUGUUCAAUGCAUUGCUUAAAUAUAGCACUUUGUGUAUGUACAUGAUGGUGUAUAUUGUAUUCUAAUAAAGUUACCUACUAAAACUGUGUAUUACAUGUUUCCAAACGCCAGAUUUGUAUACAAAAAAUAUGUGGAAGAAUGAAAAAGAAUGUAAUUUGAAGAUUUAGUUUAAUGAUAACUGCGUCCGAAA